AGUGCACUUUGCACUUGCACCGGGUCUCUCCCGACAGCUCUGUUUUUCCUUUCCUCCGCGCAACGCACCCGCUGAUCGCCUCUCAUGGCUGGGUACCCUACAGACGCCAAAGGCGGGCUCGCCAAGCUCAUCAGCUUCGACACUACCUGCUCCUCGAAGUCGAACCUCGAUCUCAUCCACUACGUACAGGGGUACCUGCAGUCGAAAGCCGUUGAAUCUGUCCUUGUCUACAACGACAAGAAAGACAAAGCGCACUUGUGGGCGACGCUGCCCGGCGAGGACGGGGUCACGCAGGGCGGCAUCGUGCUGUCGGGCCACACGGAUGUGGUGUCUGUGAUUGGCCAGAAGUGGGACACCGACCCCUUCACGAUGGUGGAGAAGGACGGCAAGCUGUUCGGCCGCGGUGCGUGCGACAUGAAGGGCUUUCUGGCGGUGGUGCUGGCGCUGGUGCCCACUUUUCUCUCUCUGAAGCGCGCGAAGCCGGUUCACAUUGCCUUUUCGUACGACGAAGAGCUUGGCUGCGCUGGUAUUCCGACCCUUAUCAAGUACUUGAAGGAACAGAAGUUUCACGCCGAUGUGUGUCUCGUUGGCGAUGGAGGCAUGACGAUCGGCAUCGGCAACAAAGGUCACUGUUUGUGGAAAGUGAAGGUGCACGGCAAAGCGAUCCACUCAUCUAUGGCUCUGAUGAACACGAGCUGCAACGCCAUCGAGUACGCUGCGCAGAUCAUCACCAAGGUGCGACAGAUCGCCAUCGAGGUCCGCGAUCAUGAAACCCGCGACACGAGCUACACCUGUCCCUUCUCGCCGAUCUCAACGAACUUGAUCAGGGGCGGCAACGCAGUAAACACGGUGCCGGCAGAUUGUGAGUUUGAGUUCAGCGUUCGCAUCACAGACACAGCAAUUGCACGAUCCAUUGACAAACGCAUUCAUCAAUACGUCGACAAGGUCGUAUUGCCCGCGAUGCGUCAAGAAUACACUGAAGCAAGCGUUGAUAUCAGCGCCUACAACCUCUGUCCUUCUUUCAACGGGAAAGAAAAUGAGCCUUUCACGAAACUUGUGCGGAAAAUGCUCAACGACCAGAAGAUCCGCAAGGCGGGAGGUACAACUGAGGCUGGCUUUUUCCAGGAAGAACUACAAAUUCCUACUGUUAUUGUCGGACCAGGAGGCUGCGGGGCCCACGAGGCAAACGAAUACACCCUCUGCGAGAACCUGAUCAAAUGUGAGAAGUUCACAAAGGACCUCGUUGCUACCUGCACUCUCACGAGGGAACCGCUGACGUCGCAUUUGUAG